UGCCGGCAGGAACACGGAAGUUAAAAACAUUUAGCAGCGGCUGCUGUGAACAAGCCCCACCUCUGCAGGUGGAUGUAACCGGCUUUGCACUGGAAUGAGUGUGUGCUGCCUUCAGGGUCCAGUGUUCCAGGCCUCAGGAUAGUGUUGAAGCGGACAACAACAUGGGACUACUGUCUGACCCAAACAGAAGACGGGCUUUGAUUAACCUACUCACCCGCCUCAAUGCUCCAAUUUGUGUGGUCUGCUAUAUGGCAGGCGUGGCCUGGUUCAUGGGAUUAGCUUUUGAGCCAUUCACUCUGCGGACAUACAUGUCAGAGAAUGCCAUGGGAUCUACCAUGGUGGAGGAGCAGUUUCCAGCAGGGGAGAGGGCGCUGGUCACAGGCAGGGAGUUUGCAGCUCAUAAGAAGAAAGCAGAUGGGAUGCCUGUGGAUUGGUUGGUGAAGACCAUGCAGGCCCAAGGGCUAGAAGUGUUCACCCAGAGCUUCUCUCGCACGUUGCCCUUUCCUGAUGAAAAUAAAGAGAGAUAUUUUGUAAAAGGCACAAAUGUAUAUGGGAUCCUUCGGGCCCCGAGAGCUCCACGAACUGAAGCCUUGGUGCUGAGUGCUCCCUGCAGCCCAGGCAGUAGCAAUAACCAGGCUGUGGGGCUGCUACUUGGCUUGGCACAGUACUUCAGGAGUCAAAUUUUCUGGGCCAAGGACAUCAUCUUCCUUGUGAACGAGCAUGAUCUGAUUGGUAUGCAGGCCUGGCUGGAGGGCUACCACCACACCAACACUACAGGUAUGGACUGGUCUCCACUGCAGGGCCGUGGUGGUUCAAUCCAGGCAGCUCUGUCCCUGGAGCUCAGCAGUGAUGUCAUCACCAGUUUGGACCUGGUGCUGGAAGGCCUCAAUGGCCAGUUACCCAACCUGGAUCUAGCCAAUCUGUUCUAUGCCUUCUGUCAGAAGAUAGGAGUCAUUUGCACCAUUCAGGGCAAGCUGCAGAGGAAUGACUGGGACAGUGUGUCAGGCUAUAGCCAUGCAGUCCAGACCAUGAUGCUGAUGGUAAUGAAGCAGGCCAGUGGGCGGCCUUGGGGGGACCACGGUCUAUUCCUGCGCUACCACAUUGAGGCUGCCUCCAUCAAAGGCAUCAACAGCUUCCGCCAGUAUAAAACUGAUGCUACCACAGUUGGCAGGCUUUUGGAAGGAAUGUUUCGUAAGCUGAACAACCUCCUGGAGCGCCUGCACCAGUCUUAUUUCUUCUACCUCAUGCCAUCACUCUCUCACUUUGUCUCCAUCGGAUACUACAUGCCAGCCUUUGGCCUGAUUGCCGUCAUCUUGCUGCUUCGUGCCUUAGACCUUUGGGUGCAACUUGUGACUCCACCGUCAAGAACAGAAGAUGGAAUUGUUGACACUGAACAGCAGGCCAGUCCAGGGGUGCUCUCUGUGCUGACACCUCUGGUGAUCAGUCAUCUGACCGGAGUAGCUCUGUACACGCUGCCAAUCCGUUUUCAAGAGAUGGCUGUUGAACACUUCCCCGUGUCUGAGACUGAGGCUGUGGUCCUGACAGCUAUCGCUAUUUACACGGCAGGACUUGCUUUGCCUCAUAACACGCACAGACUCCUGACGGGUGAGGGAACGGAGCAGGGCUGGAGGGUGCUUAAGCUGGCUGCAGUGCUGUACCUGGCUGUGCUGCUGGGCUGCACCGCCCUCAUCAAUUUCUCCCUGGGCUUUAUCCUGGCUCUCACUCUAGUGCCUGUGGCUGCCUUCAUCACACCCCAUGUGCCAAAGGUCCUGUCAGCCUUCAUCUUGGUCAUCCUCAGCCCAGCCUGCACGCUGCUCUUCUCUGUCUUUUUCUUCCAAGAGCUGCUGGAAAUGCCCGUUAACUUCCCAGAUGGUUGGUUGCUCUACUUGUCAGUCAUCUCGCAGGGCAUCCUGGACCACUCCCUGUAUGGCUCUCUGGUUUACCCACUCAUAGCACUGCUGGUCUAUCCAUGCUGGCUGCUUUUCUGGAACAUCCUCUUCUGGAAGUAGAUGCCAGUCAUCGAGGACCCCUGAAGGCUUUCAUGGGGAGAAAACACUUCUGAUGUGUUCUCAGGUUUGUCUGUACUGGAGAAAGGUGAGGAAUGACAGCAGUGAGACUGGUAAAGAGGAGCAAUAUCUGUAGUUGACUUGGAAAGAGGGCAA